AUGGACCGAGACCGCCAACGCAACGAACCUGCACCGAGCCAAGUUAAAGACACGCCUCCAGUCCAUCCGCCUCCCGAUCCAGCCAACACGUCGAACGAGCCGAAAGAAGAUGAAAAUCCCAAGUCUAUCACAACAGCAUCCACCACAAUCACCCAUGUUUCAGCAGGACACCCACCGUCGCCGUCGCAAGAUAAGCUUGUGGAAUCAAAGUCGUUGGCAACGUUGGAGCAUCGAGGCGAAAGGAUGUCGAUGAGGCAUUUAGACCACGCCCUUCCUCCUCUCCCUCGAUCAUAUGAAGAGGCGCCUCUUUCUGUUCUGCGGCGAGGCAGAACCUACGACACGAUUAGAGGCGGUCCACCGCCCAGUAACCUCGAUUGGAUUGUGCCCUUGGACGAGAAAAGUGUCAUGCGACCGAAGAGUAUUGCUGAACGCCUGGCGCCUACGAUUGAAAACGCGAAGAGCCAUCGACAAAAGUUUUCGAAGAAGGCGAAGCAGACAGGGUUAACGCUUAACGUUGCGAUUGCGUUGCAGGUGAUUCUGGGGUCGCUGACCACGGGACUGUCGGUUGUGGCCACCACGGGGCGGCAGACGGCUAUACAAACGACCAUUCUAGGAGGGCUGACAACUAUUAUUGCUUCUUACUUGGCACGCCAACGAGGCUCCGGCGAGCCUGAAUUCUCCAUGAUGCGGGUGAAAGACCUGGACAAAUUCAUCCGAGAAACAGAAGCGUACCUGCUCGACCAUGGUCAUUGCUCCGGGCCUGAAUACGAUCAGAAGAUCGAGUACUACCGGCAAGCAUUCGAGGAGAUUCUUGGGAACGGAACACAGGAUUCUAAAACGACACCACCAGCUUAA